AUGGUGAAGAAUCCAAAAAGGCCGUCUACAGAUGGUGCACAACCGGAAAAGUCGAAAAAACCGAAGAAGAAUGACUCCAUCUAUGAAUCCCAACCCCCAUCACAGACUUUGUAUGUGAAAAACAUAAACGAUAAGAUCAAUAUACACACCGUCAAGCAUCUGCUCUAUCUCCUUUUUCUGACGUACGGAGAUGUUGUUGAUAUAGUGUUGAACUACAAAGUCCACUCAAUGCGUGGUCAAGCUCAUAUUAUAUUUGGAAAUAUACAAUCGUCUAUAAUUGCAAUGAGAUCGUUGCAGAAUUUCAAGUUUUUUGAGAAGGAGCUCCAGAUCCAGUACUCCAAAUCCCCAUCCAAGAUAAUAACAUCUACAGAUGAAGCACAUGGUAGUGAGGAUGCUUUACCUCUAGCCGUUGAAGCAGUCUAG